AUGGACUCUACACCAUCUUUCGAGCUGGCGGUGCACCACCAAGGCACCGCGCACAGCUUCAACUUCCCAUCUACCGCAACACUAGAAGACCUCGGCUCUGAAAUCGAAGCAACGCUCAACAUCCCGAUCUCAAACCAAAAGCUUCUCAUAUCCCCAAAACCAGGCAUGAGAAAAGCUCCUUACCCACCAACGCCACUAAGCGAGCUUCCACUCUCCUCCCCCAAAUUCAAAAUCACCCUCCUCGGCACCCCAGCCAAAGAAAUCGCCGAUCUCCACAAGCAAUCUUCAGACACCAAAAAGCGCGAAGAAGCUCGCCUCUCCGCACUCGCAGCUGCGCGCCGAACAAACAAAGCGAACGCAUCUCGCAGCGCCGGCGGUGUCCACACCCUCUCUUCCUCAAGCAAUAACUAUACCUUCGCCCGCUGUCUACCACUAUCCUACCUCCCAAACCCCGAGCGCUCCCUCCAGUUCCUAGAAAGACUCCGCGAUGAUCCUGGUAUCCGCGCCGCAAUGGCGAAACACAAGUUCUCUGUGCCUCUCCUCACAGAAAUGAAUCCCGCAGAGCACACGACCAGCGAAUCGCGCACCCUAGGCCUGAACAGGAAUAAAGGCGAGGUGAUCGAGCUACGUCUGCGCACAGAUGCAUAUGACGGGUACCGUGAUUACAGAACUAUUCGCAAAACAUUGUGCCACGAGCUGGCGCAUUGUGUGUUCGGGCCGCAUGAUCGGGAUUUCUGGGACUUGACAUCGCAAAUUGAAAAAGAGGUUGAGAGGGCGGAUUGGAAAUCGGGUGGCAAUCGGUUGACGCAGGAUGAGUUUUAUAACCCUGGGGACUGGGAGAGGAUUCAGAAUGGCGAGGAAGAGAUUGAUGAGUGUGGGUGGACUGGGGGUGAGUUUGUGCUUGGGGGGUGGAAAGAUGAAAGUUCAACUUCUCGAUCUACAGGGUCCAGAGGGGCUGAGUCUAGGAGGGAGAUCAUUGCUCGAGCUGCUGAGGAGAGGAUGAAGAAGGAGGGCAAGAAGGAUAAACCGAGUGAUCCCUGA